AUGCUAUUGCUGCUGUUAGUGGUUGGAGUCACUUCUAUCGAAGCUUUAAUUGCGUUAAAAACUGGUUUGUGGACUUUUGAAAAGUAGGGAAAACCAAUAGGGAUGGUCAAUAAGGCUUUAAAUUUGAAAUAAUAUCAAAAUCCCUAAAAAGAAAAAAAAAGCUGUUGUCUCAAGAUCCUUUGUCAGUAGUACUAGGAAUUUUCCAGGUAGUUAUUUCUUACAAGGACUCGAAAAUUGGUUACGUGAAACGGACAUGCCCCGGACUUUUUUAGACUUUUCUAGGGACCACUCAAGUAGUGUCAACACUCUUAAGGGACCCCUGGAAUUUCCUAUCUCGGAAGUCCAAACCUUUAUUUUGCCGGAAAAAAUAUUUUGGAUUACCUUAACAGUACAUUAGGGUCCAAAAAACUGUGAAAUUACUAUUUUUCUCAAAAAAGGAAAUAAUUUACAACAUCAGAUACAUGCGACAGUCGUUUUCAAGUCGUCCUGGAGGCGGAAAGAUUGUCGAGCCCUAAUCAGGUGUUCGAAAUAAUCAACUUCCAGGUUGCCAGGCUGCCGUUCAGUUGGUUCCCCUUGUAGAAACUCCCCGAAUCUUUAAUUCACAGAAGAAUCGCCACUGAUGUCUGUGAGCAAUCUGGACAGCUCCGUGUUCACUCUGGAGUCUUCCGCGAUUCCAAACUACCAGUUUUUCGUGGAUUUCAGGCUUGUUUCAGAAAAAAAGGAUUUGUUCAAGGAAGGUUUUCAGAGCGUUGGAAGUUUUGAUUUGCGAUAAGUACGAUUUGACCGCUUGCAGGAAGCAUAUUCCUCGGCUUUCCAGCUUCAUUAGGUAUCCCAAAAAAAAAAAAAAUGAGAAAUGCCCUAGGAAAGGGUAUUAGCUAUAAACUGGGAAUCUAUUCAUUUCGAAAAACUUUUUAAAAAAAUAAAGUUUAUGCUGUUCCAGAAUUUAUCUCGUGUGCAAAUCAGAUGAAACUGCUCGCGCGAUUGUAGCCUUCGGGCUUCAGUCGAAAGAAGCUGAAUUCCACAGGUGAAUACGCUAAUUCGAAAAGCUUGUAAUGAAAAAGGCCGUUUCUGAUCAGAAAAUUAGAAUAGAAGAAAUAGCCUAAAUAAAAUUUAUGAGAAGUGCGCUCCAUGUAUAAUUGGAAGUUUUAACAGUCAAAACAGUCCUUCUGAUUAUUAUAAAAUUUCAACAUAAAAUUUAAUGAGAAGAAGUUAUUUUUUCUUAUUACGUAGCUAUCAGCAGCUUCAAAGAGGUCAAGAAAUUUGAGAGAAACUUCUGAUUUCAAAAUAUCUAUAGAUCUUCAUUCAAAAAUUGAAAAAAGAGCUACUCUGACAUAUGAAUUUCUCCAACUAUGCCUAAAGAUCUGAAGUGGAAAAAUUCAGCAAAACGUAUAACAUGAUUUGCGUGUUAUACGGCUUCACCAUCAUGUGUCUUCUCAACGUUCUGGUGAGAAAAAAGAAUAAUUUUUCAGCUUGAAAAAAAUCUUUUUCAGGCCUUUUCGCAGCUUCACAAGGAUGCGGUCAACUUUCAGCACAGGAACAACUGUGACGUCAUCGGCCGAAAAAAAAGCACGCUUCGGAAGCGUCAGAAGCGAAAGGAAGCCUUGUCUUGA